CAGGAUAGGGAGGAAACACGGUAGUUAACAGCUUCAGGGAGUUAAUUUUUAAAUGUUAAACAUUAAGCGGACGAAGUAGUACAACCACUCAUAUUGUUUCCACUCCAGUCGUACCAUUUUGCCACCUUCGUGAAGAAACACGCGCGCAGUCAAGAGAAGGCCAGCUACAGAGAACCAUGGAGGAGAGAGGAGUUAUCACAGCACUCACUUUGGCAUUCCUCCAAGUGCUUGCACCAAGUUCAGCUGCCAACGUCAAGAUAGGAGUCCCUGAGAACUACGACGGAAUCUUCCCUUGGUACCUGGCCAAGCUGCCCAACCUGCCAGCGGUCUACAGCGAUCUGCAGGUGUCGGGGGAUGACGAGAGCAUCUUUGGUGUGGAGGCUGGUUUCCUGUAUGCUCUCAAACCCCUGGACAGAGAAAAGCAGCCAUCCUACUCUCUACAGGUGUCUUUCACAUCAUCGGUGCACCCUGAGAGCUUUAACGUGGAGGUGUGUGUGAUCGAUAAGAACGACAACGUCCCCUCAUUCAUAGAGGGGAGCAUGAGAGGCAGCGUGCAGCUCGGCCUUCUGAAAGGGAUCCCCUUCAUGCAGGUUGGGGCGUCAGACCGUGACGACAGGAACACGGCCCACGCAGAGCUCAGGUUCAGCCUGAUGGACCAGACCCCCAGGAUCCCCUCCCCUCACAUGUUCUUCAUUGACUCUGUCUCUGGAGAGGUCUCCCUCACCGAGGACGGAGCAUCUACGCUGGACCCAGAGAUGUGUGGCCGCUACAAGCUGUCCGUCAUAGUGAAGGACAUGGCGGGCCGGGCCAAGGCCUUCUCUUCCUCUGGCCUGGUCACUGUCGAGGUGACAGGAAACAGCUGGGCAUCGCCCGACCCCGUACGUCUGCAGGAGAACCUCCCCGGACCCUACCCCAUCCCCAUCUCCAAGGUGAAGUGGAGUGGCAGUCUUGUAGAGUACAGCCUGGAGGGCGAGUUUCCAGAGAUGCUGUUCACCAUCAGCAGAGAGGGGGUGAUCUUCCUCAACGCUCCUCUGGAUAGAGAGACCCAGGACCAGUUCCAGAUCAGUAUUGUGGUGGAACGACCAGACGGCCGGGAGAUAGCCAAACCAGUGGAGCUGCGGGUCAUGGUGGGGGAUGCCAACGACAACAGACCCACCUUUCCCCAGACCCAGUACCACACCGUGGUCAAGGAGCUGGCCCCGCGUGGGACGGAGAUCCUGACGGUUCAGGCGGCUGAUAACGACGACCCAAAGACGGACAAUGUCAGGAUCUUCUACCGCCUGGUGGGCCAGGUCCCUGAGAGCCCGCGCGCUCUCUUCAGGGUGGACCGGGACUCCGGGGUCAUCUCUGUCCAGGCUGACAGCAUGGAGGGCACCGCUCCCCAGUACACACUCACCAUCACUGCUGAGGAUGCCAAGGGUCUGAACAGUUCCUGUACGGUUGUCGUGAUGGUGCAGGAUGAGAACAACAACCCGCCUGUCUUCUCUCAGCAUGAGUACGGCCCCUUCCACAUGUCGGAGGAUGCUCCUGUGGGUGCCACGGUAACAGCGGUGUCGGCGUGGGAUGCAGACGAACGUGGUGGGGACAGCUGGCAGGUGGACUACCGACUGGAGUCUGGUAACGAGGAGGACGCCUUCUCUCUCCUCACAGACACACAGACCAACGAGGUCUCUCUCAUCCUCUCCAAGGUGCUGGACUUUGAGCGGGAAAGUGAGUAUAUUCUGGUCAUCAGUGCUCAGAACCCUGUUGCUCUGGUUCGCGGUCGCUAUGGGCCCGCCUCCACGGCAACAGUCUCCAUUUAUGUGGAUGACGUGAAUGAGGGACCAAUCCUGUCGCAGAGCCACUAUGAGGUCAAUGUCCGGGAGGGGGAAGAGCCAGGACGGGUUAUCGCCACCAUCAGAGGGUAUGACCCUGACUCUCAUCCAAUCAGGUACUCCUUGAGAGGGGAUACUAAGCGUUAUUUCUCCAUUGGAAAGUACUCUGGGGAGCUGAAGACCGUCCAGGCUCUGGACCGUGAGGAGAACAGCACCUACACCAUGGAGAUCAUUGCUGAGGAUGGACGUAACUCAUCCCUCUCUGCCUCCACCUUGGUCACGGUCCAGAUCCUGGAUGUAAAUGACAACAGCCCGGUCCUGGUGGGCGAUUACUCAUGGAAGUACCUGUGCACGCCACGCUGGGAAGAGCAGGCCCUGGUUCUGGCAUCAAGGGACAGUGACACGCCACAGCACGGAGGCCGACUCAACUUCUCACUCCGAAGCGAUGCCACCGUCAGGCGCAACUGGAAGCUCACGCCCAUCAACGACACACACACCAACCUUUCCUUAAACACUCCAUACUUGUCUCCGGAGAUCUACACUGUCCCCUUCACCAUCUCAGACAGUAGCUCCCCCCCCAGGAGCACCUUUAUCAACCUGCCAGUGACAGUGUGUCCUUGCAAUGUCAGAGGGAACUGCAAGAUGGCCACCAAGCAGCUGCAGGGUAUGCCCACUAUCCAGUCCACUGUGGGCAUCCUGCUGGGCACCCUGGGGGUCAUAGGAACUAUCUUGACUGUCGUUUUUGUGAGGCUGUCAUACCAGAACCCCAAACCUCCCAGCACGACUAAUCAGGAAAGGGUUCCCCUCAGGAUCUCCCUGUAGCAGCGAGUGGAGGGGCCAGGGGAGGGAACAGCUCUGCUGUCCUCCUGGGUUGAGGUGAUGUAGUCUAAGACCAUGUUGCUAAGAAGAGUAGCCAAUUGGAUAGAGAGGUAAUAAAAAAUGUUUUACUUUCAGCAGAUGUACUAGAUUAACUACAGUAGAUGAACAAAAGUCAAUUUAGCCUCCUCCAGUUCUUUGUAGUAAUAUAUACAUAUUUUAUUACAUAACUAGCCUGCAGAAUUUGUUCUAUAGGUAGCCAGAGCUUUCACCUGCUGUAGACUUUUAUCUUCAUUGUACGCUUCUAAGGAUUUUGCGUUCCAUGUUAUUUAUUUCUUGUAGCAUUCAUUAAACAAUAUAAUGUUAAUUCACUCAUUAAAUCUAAUUAAAAUAAUAAAAUGUAUCUUCUGUAAAUAAAUAUGGAUGUUAAAAGCC